UAAAAUAAACGCAAUGUAUACUGUAAACUGUAAGUAUGUUUUUUAUGUUUUAUAUACUAGAACUUUUCCAUUAGCAAACUGUCAACUCAAAACGUUUCUGUGAAAAAGCAGAACAGACAAGCAGCUCCAGCUGUUAGCUUAGCAGCCUAAGCCUAAGGUGAGCAAAAUGCUAACGAAAAUGCAAGCGAUUUACAUUUUGUUCAAUUCAUCCGGGCCGAAUUUUCUGAUGAGUCGUGCAAGCUUAGGCCCUAAAAAGGCUCGCCCAGAACAAUGGGUCUUUAAAUUUUGGCAAUAAAAGUAAAAGUCCCAGAUCUCUCCUUGAUGUCCGUGUUAAGUGUUUCGCAAGUACGGACGAUUUAACAACUCCAAUCGGGAACUUUUCUUGUUGUUUUAUUGUUGUGAGGCUGCACUAAUCCUGCGAUCAGUCAGCGCUCCGAUAAUGUCGGCCUCAACCAAACGAAAAUUGGUAGCCCAGGAGUUCUUGGGAGAACUCGUUCUACCCGAUGCAACGAAGCAGCAGGAAAUCGUUCAGGUGAUAGGUUCUCGCGGAAACAAUCUGCACGAAAUUCAGAAUGCUGCUGGAGAACGAUUUUUAGCCAGCAUGCCAACGAAAUUCCGGAAAAACAUAUGGAUUAAACGAGGCGAUUUUGUACUUGUGGAACCGAUUGCAGAGGGCGAUCGCGUUAAAGCUGAAAUUAUAAACAUAUUACGGACCAAGGAGCAGCUGUGUCAUAUUAAAGCGAACGGAUGCUGGCCGUCCGCGUUUGAGCAACCCGUGAAAAACAGUCCCGAAGCUGAUCGCGUUGAUCCUUCCCCGGCUGCCGAAGACAGUCCGGAUGAUGAUGGAAGUGACAUGUCGGAUUUGUCGCCUAAUAUGAAUAGAAGACCCCUGCAUUCCUACGAUUCUGACAAAGAGGAUACGUCGGAAGAAAGCGACUGAUGGUUGUACUUGUACGGGGCAUGUAAAUUGGAUUGUUUCCUACUUCUUCCUGGGAUGUCAACCAUACCAGCAGACUCAGCAGUACACCUGUAAGCCGAAUACUUAGAUGCAUGUGCAUUCCUUUUCAGCAGUACUUAACAGCUGUGACAUUCAAUGGCUCACGUAAUACUAACUCACAAAUGUCACAAUGGAAGGAAUGCAGGAAUUUUCCCUUCUGGUUUUCCGCUGUGAUAUGCAACUAUAGAUACUGCAAUCAAUAGUGCAUCCAUAUCAAGGUUGUUUUUCUUACUUUUUGACAAGUGGGUUCUUCCGCAUUUUGUGAACAUAAAUAAUUAAAUUAUUUUUGGCGAA